CGGCCCACCUGCAGCUCCUCGGUCUCCCUGCUCCGCCGGGCCUGGCAUACCCUCCCCGGAGAACCCGGAUCAUCCAGGAAACCGACCACUCUGCGCUGCGGCUGAUCCAUGUCUCAAAACGCCUGUGGAAGUUGUGGUGUCAAACGGCAUCGGCCUCACGGGAGAUUUCCCUGAUGACCCAGAGCCAUACGUUGUGGUGAAUAUCGGCAAUCAAACUCGUACAACCCGGGUGAUUGAAUCAACGUCAAGCCCAGACUGGUGGGAAACAUUCCACUUUAACCCCGAUCGCGUCAGCACCAUGAAGAUAAGCGUCUGGGAUGAGGACAGCGGACUCAGAGGAGACUACAACCUUCUGGGAACGUGCGAGGAGAAACUGUUGAAAAGUAGGUUGGUCCACGCUAAAGAUCAAAUAGGCUUUACACCUCCUUCACUGAAGAGGAAACAAGCUAUGGUGGGUGUGUCUGCAGAGCUCAGCUGUAUCACAUCAGCGGUCAGGGGAUUUAAGGGGCGGCAGGACAGCUCACCAGUGCCUUGGGUUCCAGUCACAUUCAUAUUCGCUUUCUACAAUAUCACCGGAACCAUCAUCAACAUUCCAGUCCCGCCAUUUGCCCCUGAUCGCCUGCUCUCCGCCACUCACCGGCCCACCUGCAGCUCCUCGGUCUCCCUGCUCCGCCGGGCCUGGCAUACCCUCCCCGGAGAACCCGGAUCAUCCAGGAAACCAACCCCACGGAUCCAUUUCCUGUCCUUGGGAAGCUACCUCUACCGCACCAUUCAAAAUAAACCACUCUUACUGAACUUCCGACUCCUGGUGGUGAUUCUUCAUGUCGAGGGUUAA